GAUCGCGACACUCGCAGCUGGUCGUAUGUAUCUGUUUAGAACAGUAGACAGUAACCAAGAAUUGAUCAGAAAAGGGAUUAUUUUGUUUUUUCUUGCUUUUUGUUUUUGUUUGAAAAAUUCGUGUACCAACGAGAUCGAAGAAUAAUUUUACAUUGUGCAUUCGUGCAAUAUUGUUAACCUAACCUCAACUAAAUACUCAUUUCGAGUUACGAACAAAUAUACCUCAAACCACAAAUAUUACGUACUAUUUCUUUCUCUCUCCCUCCCUCUUUUCCUCUCUUUCUCUCAAAUUUCUAAUAUUUUUCUAUUUAUCCGCUCUGGUUUUUCUUUUCCCGUUUUACUUCGUUUAGUGCGUAAUACCGUGUUGAAGUAUAAGCAAAGCAUCGCGGAGAAAUUUUCCGAUAAAAGAGCUACUACGCAACUAAAUUUAGUGGUAGUGCGUAAGUGUUGGAGUAAAUUUCGACAGUAGAAGAGAAGACCGUGGUGAAAUUUUCUAUCAAGAUCGACGACGAAGGAGACAAAAUUUCGAAGAUUCACGGUCUAUGAGCGCCAAGGGCCAAGGGGACCCUGGGGAAGAUCACGCUUCCAGUUUUCGGAGACCGAGGAUCGCUUAGCGUCUUUCACGGAACGUAAUAUCUUUAAGAACCUACAAGCCUGGGCUAUUUUUAACACGCUUUGUUUUGGUGCUGCAAAUCCGUUUGCUUUCCAACCUCAAGAAGCUCGCCUUUUUCACAACUGUCAUAUCCACUUGAAUUGGCAACGUCGCGAAUCAUUGUUAACGUGUCACGACCAUGUGUUCCUAAUUGAAUGAAUUGCGGUUAUUGAAAUGCACAUCUGUAUAAUCCAGUUAACUUCGUUUCUCUUGUUUACCACAGUAUUUAUAGAAUUUAAUAACCAUCGAUUUAAUAUUUAAAUAUCCACGCAAGGAGUUUACUUUCUUUUUAGGUGUUAAGAAAGAAACGUUUGCAUGCCAAAUAUCACAAAUUUGCAAAUCUAUUUAUACCACGAAUGAUAAAAACAUCUGCAUGCGUUUCAUAGGUUAUAUAUUGUUAUGUGCUCACAAUUUCUAACAAUAGUUCAUUUCAAGUAUUUAAAUAUACGAAUGAUAGCGAUUCCUGCAAUGUUUAAUUGCUAUUUACGUACAAAAGAUAUGCUUUAAUGCCAUGAAAAAUAAUAAAUUUAAUGUACAGUCAUUGUACGUACAUAAAUACUCUGCAUUGUGAACCGAAAGGUAGGAGCAGAAAGCCCUUGCAGCGACAUGAAGCGUGCAGUUGCCAAAAAGUUGAUUGAACGGUAUUUUUAUCAGUUAACCGAUGGAUGUGGUAAUCCCGACUGUGACAAUCAAAAUUGUGCAUCGAGUGGUAAGGUUACAAACCUUACUCCAAAUCAAGCUGCUGCACAAGCUAUUCAAUUAUUUUCACAAGAAGCAAGACUUUGUGAUGGUACUCAACCAAGUAAAGUUGCUCGAACUACUAUAGAACCUGGGCCAGCAUCUUUAGCUAUGAGUUUACCAGUUAAAAAUGUGAACCCAACAUGUUCUCAUGAAGGAAAACAGGAUCCAUAUCUCACAGAAGCAAAAUUAUUGGAUAUAAUAGAAAGAUGUAAAUCGGAAGGAUCAUAUUCAUUACUAAUUCGCACCUUGGGAGAAGUGUUUUCAUGUGCUAAGGCAUUGAGUCUCAGUUUCCAAAAAACUGUAAAAAAUGAUUCUCCAUUGGCUGCGCUUCUUGAUAGAGCUUCAGAUACUUUAUUAAGACCACCUGGGGAUAUGGAUAAAGAAGCAAUCCGAUCUAUUCAAGGAGAAGAUAAAGAGGAAGAUAGCAGCGAGCCAUCAUUAACAGUUCCUAGUAAUGACGAUACCACUGUUGAUUUACCAGCUGUACGACGAGCUUUUGCUGCUCUUUGGUCAUUACCAGGAGAAGCAUUUAAAUCUGCUUUGGUCAAUGCACUAGUCACUUUGGCAGACAAUAUUGAGUUAGAUCUGAGGGUAUUUCGCACUAUGCCGUGGGAUAAUAUGGACAGCUUAUUGAACGUGUUUUUAAUCGUGUUUGAAAUUCCUAUGCUUGGAAAUAGCGAAUAUAUGGAACUUGCCUUUCACAUGCUUUGUAAGGCACUCAGCUGUUUUCCUAUUGUAGCACAAGCUAAACUGGCUCGUGUAUGGGCUAAACAUUGUAAAUCUCGACUCCCAAGUAUUUUGCAAGCCCUGCAGGAAUUAAUAACGGUUAAGGUAAUAGGAGGAUCUUUCACGCGGGAUUAUUGUGUGCAAGAUGCAGACACCAUUACUGCGCCAACAAAAGUUAUGAAAAUUCUUUAUUAUGCAAGUAUGUUAGCUGGUGAAUUAGACGAACCUGAUUUAAAUAUAGACGAAGAAGGAGAAUCUAGCAGUAACGAUAAAUCUGGCAGAUCGUCGUCAGUUCCGAUACCUCAGGAUCCAUUAGCUAAAGAAUUAGGAAUUACCGUUUUGGAUGCAAGAAAACCGUUUAUACCUUUUACUGAUUUUUACAAUGAACCGCUCAGUGACGCAAUAGAGAUGGAUAAGGAUUUUGCAUACUACAAAAGCGAAGAACCUAUGAAAUUUAGUUUUAUGAAUUAUGCUUUUAUUCUCACGCCUGCUACAAAAACAUUGGGCCUGUAUUAUGAUAAUCGUAUCAGAAUGUACAGCGAACGCCGAAUGAGCUUUUUACAAACUAUCGUUGGACACUUUCCUAUCAGUCCUUAUUUAAGAUUAAAGGUGAGAAGAGACCGUUUAAUAGAUGACGCGUUAGUCGAAUUACGAAUGAUCGCAGUGGAACAUCCGCUAGAUCUUAAGAAACAAUUAGUCGUUGAAUUUGAAGGCGAACAAGGAGUAGAUGAGGGUGGAGUUUCCAAAGAAUUCUUUCAAUUAAUUGUAGAAGAAAUUUUUAAUCCUGAUUAUGGCAUGUUUAUAACUCAGGAAGAUACACAGAUGACAUGGUUUAAUCCAACAUCGUUCGAAAGUGACGCACAUUUUACGUUAAUAGGCGUUGUACUUGGCCUAGCAAUAUAUAAUAACGUAAUACUAGAUGUACACUUUUCAAUGGUAGUUUAUCGAAAAUUACUCGGUAGGAAAGGAUGCUUUGCUGAUCUCGAAGAUUGGAGUCCAACAUUAUAUCGAACUCUGAAAGAACUGAUGGAUUAUACCGGAGAUGAUAUGCCAGAAACGUUCAUGCAAACUUUCAGAGUGGCUUACAAGGACGUCUUCGGCUCAAUAACGUUCCAUGAUCUGAAAGAGAAUGGUGACGAAAUUUUUGUGACGCAGGAAAACAAAAAAGAAUUCGCAGAUCUCUAUGCAGACUUCUUACUUAACAAAUCGGUGGAGAGACAAUUCAAAGCAUUCAGAUGCGGUUUCCAGAUGGUCACAGAUGAAAGUCCUCUCGCGUUACUUUUCAGACCUGAAGAAAUCGAACAAUUGGUUUGCGGCAGUAAAGUUUUCGAUUUUGCGGAAUUGGAAGCAGCUACGGAAUACGAAGGUGGUUACACCGUGGACAGCGAGGCAAUCCGUAAUUUCUGGCGAGUUGCUCAUUCAUUACCACCGGAAAGUCAGCGACGACUUCUUCAAUUUACGACUGGAAGCGACAGAGUACCGGUGGGUGGUUUGUCUAGGCUUAAGAUGGUUAUUGCGAGACACGGUCCAGAUUCUGACAGACUACCAAUAGCACACACAUGCUAUAACGUUCUACUGUUGCCGGACUACAGUACGAUAGAGAAAUUGCAAGAUCGUCUGUUAAAAGCAAUCAAUUAUUCAAAGGGUUUCGGCAUGUUGUAAAUGUGCAUAAAAGCUUCGAUAUCUUUCCCAGUCUUUCAGAGUACAUCGAGUCCUGUUUACGGUGUUCGAAAUGCCCUCCUCUCGCCUCGCUACAUGGGCGUAUAUUUAUUUGAAAUCGAGGGGCUCAGUAAAAAAGGAGGACAUGCCACGAUACUAUAAAUUUGCAUGAGAACUUUUUUUUCGCUAAGUUAGUGCUUGUUGAUGGUACAAAGAGCUAAGUCAACGUAGACGUGGUAUGUACCCAUUUUUUACUGAGCCCUUCGAUUGUGCAGCACGUGUAAACAUACGCUGAAAAUCCCCCUCUGCUUUUGUAAGACGAUCCAUUGAGAAAGAGAAACCGAAAUCACCCUUUGAUACACCGAAAAUACCUCGCAAUCGAUCGUUGUCCUCCAGUGUGUUUUCCCUCCAACGCAUACGGCAACUAGAUUCGCUGUUGUACAAAAAAAUAAUACAAAAUUUCUUUGCGAUAACAUGCUUUGAAACUUUCUUACACCCGUGUGUUGUUUCAAACGCGAUAAGGCAUAUUUAACGCACUUCGAUGAAAUUUCACAGUGCUGUUCCGUUGGAUAAUCCGCUAUCUCCCCGUUUUUUGAACAAAAUUGAUUUUGUUUCAGAACUGCUUUGAUUUGUUCGUCCAAAGAGAACAGCGUUACGCAGUGCACACAGCUUGAAAAAUAAUAGUGAGAUGCGCGACUGUGAUGAGUGAAAGUGAACCGAAAAAAACGAUCGGUCAGAAAUUUGUAGAAAUACGUAUUUGUAGGCUUAGUGAAUCCUAUAGUUGAUAUUUCAUGCUGCAAGCCGAGAAAUAGCCCCUUUGGACAUUUGUCGUUGUCAUGUACGUUCGAAUGCAACGUAGACUUCCAUCCAAUACGAAUCCGUAUAGAGUAGCAGCUCAUACAAUGUUAAGGGAUUAAAUAUGUCAAUUCGAAAAUUGUCCAAGUUCCCAAAUCUGUAGAUUUUUUAAUUUGGAAAUUUCCAAAUAAAUUUCUAAAAUUUCCAAGCUUUUUUAACUUUUCAAGUUUUAAAAGUUAAGAACCGAUUGAUGGGAGCUCAGUUUUAAAGGAAGCCUACGAUGCUGAGAAGUGUACAAAACAUUUUAUACGGCAAGAGAAAAACGCAGAAGACUCAUAAACGCUAAUGUUUUAUUCUAUCUUUUUCUUUCCCGUUUGUAUGUAAUUUUCGUUCUCAAUUCUUACUUGUAUUACACUUUUAACUUGACAAAUACGAGUAAAUAGUUGAUCUAUACAUAUAUACAUAUUACAUGUAUGUAUAUAUAUAAUAUAAAUAUACAUAGACGAGAUCGAACUUGUAUAAAUAUAUUUGUAAACGGAGACGUAUCUUAAGAAACUGCUCCACGUUGUCGGCUGUCCGAUUCUUGGUCACAUGACAAUAAAACUUCUAUCGAACGACUCGCCGUUUAUUUUCGCAACGAUUUAGCGAUUUUAAUUGUAAGAGAUCUUGUCAAGCGAUCAAUUCGAAACGAGUCUUCACCGUGUAUGGAUAUCUGAUUUCAGUGGUGUAACUAGAAUUUUUAUCUUAGGUCGGUCUCUUUACUGAUAAAUAUGCCAUAUCGAACGGCUUUAGCAAAUUUGGAAAUUCGGCGAUUUAGAAAUUUCUUAACUUUGCGCUUUAAAACGUAGGGAAAAUUUUUUAAUUUAUAUAGCGAAUGUCAGUCCAUAUUUUAUGGCCCUCUCUAAAACCCUGUCUAGUUACGCCAAUGUCUGAUUGUCAAGUGACGUUAACGUGCGGCGGGUUUCACGCGUUUUCAUCUUGAAUGUAAACGUCUCGUUUUGAGGAUGGAUCGAAAUGAAAAUUAACUGAUUGUCAUUACAUACGACAAAUGAUUUUUAAAAAAUUGUAUCUGUGCGUGUCCAAGAAAAAUUGUUGCUGAUUAUACGUACCGUGGUUUAUCUGCGAUCAGUGUGUCCUGUUUUUCGAACAUGAACGACAUACAAAAUCAGAACAGUUUCGAUUUUGUACC